UAACAACAUAUUUCAAAUAAAAACGAUUCUAUUUCAAUCUAUUAUUAAUUCUAAGUGCACUUUUGAUUCUUUUCAAUUCAGUUUUACAAAUAUAAAACAUUUUUUUGCCUACAUAAACAAAUUAAAUGAAAAUGUUUCAACCAUUUAUUGCUCAAUGCAUUUCGUAUAAUAGGUUAGUGCUAGAGGGAGAUGAACAUAGGCAUAAGGCGCGAUCAGCUGUUUGAAUGUUGAUAAUCACAUAAAACUCGGGCUUCACUGAAUCUCAAUGUGUUUUUUGUUUAUCGAUUAGUCUGGUCGGCUUUUUACUGAUAUUUCUAUAAAACUGAUGUGAACAAUUCUUAGCAAAAUGAUUUAUAAAUUAUCAGGACCAUUGUCCUUGAAGAAAUUAUGGCUAUUGGUGAUCCAACUGAGCACUUGUCGUCGAGCCAUGGUAAACAAAAUUUUAUGUCGAAAAAUAAGUCGAGUUUGGCUGCAGUCAAAAUCAGACGUAGUGCAUGCACGAUCAUUUUCUGAACCAAGAUGUCAAAGGCACGUAGCAGCUUGGUACCUUUCAUAUCGCUGGAUGAUAUGUCUCUCAUGGAUUACAAUUGUCAUCUGUUCCCUGUGGGAACUUGGUAGUGCCAAACCUCAAGGCAACAAUCACAAAUGGGCAAUUUACCUCACCAGUUGGGACUUGAUGUUUGGUGUCACACAAUCAAUAUUUGGAGCAUUUCUAGUUACUAAACGAUGGAAACUUCAAAAGACUGUUGGAUUUGAUGCGACUAAUUUAGAAAUGACAAAGUUAGCAAAAGUUUAUUGGUUUUUAUAUACAGUUACUUCAACAUUAGCAAUCGCUGUGACUGUCGCUUAUUGGGCAGCUGUCUAUGAUUCAAAGAUUCAUCAUAUAGAUCCUCUUAAUAUUAUGCUUCAUGUAUGUAAUAGUUUACUGAUGAUAGCAGACUUGUGUGUUGCCAAUGUUCCUAUUAAGUUGAAACAUUUUUGGUGGUGUGUGGUGAUAGUCCUUAUUUAUUUAGUUUUUUCGGUAAUUUAUUAUGCGGCUGGUGGCCUUGAUAAACGAGGCUACCAUUACAUUUAUAAAGUAUUAGACUGGAAAAAACCAGGAAUGACUCUUUUAGUUGCAGCAGGUGGGAUAUUUUUUUUAAUAGCUGUUCACUGCCUUCUUUGUUAUUUAGCAGCUUUAUGGGAUCGAAUGCUUGUGAAAGGUAAUAAAUAUACGAAAAAUUCACCUACGUCACCUACUAAUGAGCAAUUACAGAAACCUAGAGAUGUAGAAAUCGUAUGAAAUUGAUCAAUAAUUCUGUAGAUCUUCCAUGCUCAUUUUAUAAUAUGAUAAUUAGAUAAUUAAUUAAUAGAUACAUCAAUAACAUGAAUAAUAAUAGAGUGAAGAUACGAAUAAUUUUGUCGUAUGUUGAUUGUAUGUAUAAGUAAUUUUAAAACUUAUUUAUAUGUUAAUAUCAUUACUGUUAAAAUAUUUCCGUCAUUCCAAAGAAGGAAUAAAUCCCAAAGAAAGUAUUAUUAUUUGUUAUUUAUACUAGAAAGAAAUUUUUUUGGUACUAGGGUAUUUUUUUAUUCAAAAAAUAAUAAU